AAGCCAUAUAUAAAGAGGAUCACGUGCCACUCGCCCUCACAUUGUACCCCAAGAAGGCGACCAUAUAAUUAGCAAGAUAAAAUAAACAGAACAAAACGCUGACGAUGAAGUGGCUCACGUUACUUGCCGUCGCCAUCUUGGCUGUAGGAUGCCACGGGUGCGAGAGCGGCUGGGUGGACAUCGGGGGCGUCUGUUUCGGCCUCUUCACGGAGAGCAUGCCGUGGGCCGACGCCAGGACCUUCUGCCAAGGCCAUGGCGGGGACCUGGCGAAGGUGGCCGACGCCGAUGUGCUCAGGGAUCUGUAUGAGUACAUCAUCACCUACGGUCUGAGCGGGAGCUUCUGGCUGGGCGCGUCCGACCUGACCUUCGAGGGCGACUGGCUGUGGGUGCAGGACAACAGCAGGGUGGACCGCGGGACGCCCUUCUGGGCCAUCCACAGCGGACUCUUCGGCUGGGACCACGAGCCCAACGGCGGCACGGAGGAGAACUGCCUCGUCCUGGAUGAGACGCGCAAAUAUUACUUCAAUGACGCCAACUGCAACCUCGUGUUCCAUCCCGUCUGCAUGGUUUAACAUCCUCUUCCUCUUCUCCUCCUCGCCUUCCACCCACGCGUCUUACAUCCUUUGUAAUCGCACCUACUUGAGCCUGUUCUUAUCCACUGUAUUAUGCCUAUUUCUUAUCGACCAAACCUUUGCCUAGCUUGGCCGUAUCUAUCUUUACAUAUAUUGCUAACAUUUGUAAGUUCCAGAGUAUGUAUCUGAGAUUUUUAGCACAGACGCCUUUAUGCUCUUGUAUCAUAAGGUCUGCUGUAUUGAAAAUGUACUUACGAGAUGAAGUAAAUACAUUUGGCAACUGAUAUAA